AUGGAACCCAGGAGGCGGCCAGAGUACAACCUCGAGAUCUUUGCCGACGCGGCGUGCGUGAAGGAUGUCGUCAAGGCGAUACUGCACACGAUAUUCUUCCACCGCUACUUUACGUCCAUCUCUCCUUUGACCCGCGACCUCCUCGACCUGACCCUUCCCGCCAUUGACGAUGUCGAUCUCGAGACACUUAUCGAACAGAAGACGUUUGCGCUAGUUCGGGCGAUAGACAGCACGCACCAGCCGCGAGGAAGGGGGCAGAUUGUCGUGCAGUUCUUUGAGAAGAAGCGAAAGAAGACAUCGUACUUCUUCAGCAAGGCGGACGAGGACGUUUGCUGGGAGCAGUGGACGCUGGACGUUACCCUUGCCCAGCCACGCACAGAAACUGAUGUACUCAAGGUCCGCCGUGCCAUGACCAAGUCUCUGGAAAAGGCAGCGCAUAAGAUCAUCGCCAUUGUGAACCGAGAAAAAGACCACAUCCCACCCAUCACAACCACCGACGCCAACCCCUUCCCUUACCAGAUCGUCGUCAACCCAAAGUCUGUCAACGAGAACGACUGGCGGCCACGCAUCGGCCUUUUCUGA